AUGGGCUAUAAGCACCACUUCAAGGACACUUUUCUUCUUGAUGUACUCGAGGCCGUAAAUCUCGUCAAGAUUGAGGUUCAUCGCCCCACGGAAACUGCAGCGUCAGCAACAGAGACCGAGGAAUCCAAGCAUUCUCAGGAUCUCGAAGCCGAUGCGAGCGACUCAGUAAAGCACAAUUCCUCUUACGAAAAAGAUCCAUUUUUGGUAGACUGGGAGGGCGAAAACGAUGUGGAUAACCCUCUGAAUUGGAAACGUGGUAAGAAGGCAUUAGUGGUAUUUGAAAUGAUGUUGCUCACGACGACUACUUACAUGGGCGCGUCAAUUUAUACCCCAGGCCAAGAAUUCAUCCAACAGGAGUUCAACGUUGGCCAUGUAGUUGGCACUCUUAAUUUGUCUCUUUAUGUUCUAGGUUACGGUUUGGGCCCCAUUGUAUUUUCACCACUUUCGGAGGUGGCCAGUAUCGGGCGCCAGCAAAUCUACAUCAUAACGCUGUUUUUCUUUAUGAUUUUCCAGGUCGGUGCUGCCACGGUUCAUAACAUUGGUGGCUUGAUCGUAAUCAGGUUUAUUUCAGGUGUCCUUUGCUCACCAUCCCUUGCUACAGGAGGCGGCACCAUGGGUGACAUUAUCAAACCCGAGAUUGUGUCGGUUUUCAUCGGAUUGUGGGCCAUUGGAGCCGUGGCCGCUCCGGUGAUAGCGCCACUGCUAGGCGCGGCAAUGACCGUGGCCAAAAAUUGGCGCUAUGUUUUCUGGCUGUUGAUGUGGAUUAGCGCGUUCACGUUGAUACUGCUGGUUUGUUUGUUCCCCGAAACUCAGCACCAGAACAUCUUGCACAGAAGAGCAAGACGUUUGAGGAAACAGACCGGCGAUAACCGCUAUUACACCAAGCAAGAACGUGCCGAUGCUCAAAUCGAAGUAUCCGCUUUUUUGAAGGAAGUAUUUGUGCGACCCUUUUUGAUCAUGGCUUUGGAGCCUGCAGUACUGGCAUUCGAUAUUUACAUUGCAUUGUGUUACGGUGCCUUUUAUCUCUUUUUUGAAGCUUUCCCAAUAGUUUUCAUCGGCAUCUACCAUUUUACACUGGUGGAAAUGGGAUUAGCAUAUAUGGGUUUCUGCGUUGGUUGUUUGAUAGCGUAUGCGGCUCUGCUGGUGUAUCUUGCCAAAUACAUUGGGCCCAAAUUCCAAAAGGGCACUUUUACACCAGAGGAUUUCCUUCCGCUUUCCAUGGCUGUUUGUUGGGCGCUGCCACUAUCGCUAUUUUUAUUUGGGUGGACAGCACGAGUUCAUUGGAUAUUACCGAUCAUUUCAGAGAUGUUCUUUGUCUUGAAUGUGUUUAACCUUUUCCAAUCGGCAUUUGCGUACCUUGCAAUUUGUUACCCACGCUACAUCGCUUCCGUGUUUGCCAGCAAUGGAUUUUGUCGCUCUGUGUUUGCCUGUGCUUUUCCACUGUUUGGCCAAGCGAUGUACAACAACCUGGGAAGUGAAAAAUACCCUGUUGGAUGGGGCUCUUCUCUAAUUGGAUUCUUCUCUAUCGGUUUGGCAAUCAUUCCGUUCGUGUUCUACAAAUAUGGUCCGCAAAUGCGGGGAAGGUCUCGCUAUGCCAAUUAG